AUGUCUGCAGAACAAACUGAUGUAAGGGCAGGUAAGACAGGUGAACAGCUAGAACUCGGGAAUGAAUCAAAUAAAGAUAAUUCUCUCACUAACGUCCCCCCACCUAAACCGUCUAGUUCAAAUGAAAAAUCUCCCCUGGUCAAUGAAUUCCCCGGUGCGAUCGCCGCGUUCGAGUCGAAUAGUUGCCGUAUGUGUCAAAACGUCGAUAAUAGCCGUAUGGUUCAGUGUGAUUCGUGUGAUAAUUGGUAUCAUUUCGAGUGUGUAGGAGUAACCCAGGAGAUCGAAUACAACGAUUGGAAAUGCUGUAAAUGUGCGAACGCGAAGGCAGUCCAGAUGUUCUCGAGCUCGAAACGGAAUCCUGCGCGAACUGGAAAGACCAGUAAAAGCAACACGAAGGAGAAGAAGUCGACAAAACUGACGAAAAGCUCCCCGAACCAGGUGAAAAGGACAGACAAACAACUUAGAAAUGCGAACCGAAAGAAGAAAGCUGAAGGAAAAGCGGAUAAAGUUAAACCGGAAGAAAAAUUGGAAGAGGAAGCAAAGGAAAAUUGCAGUUUGAAGCAGGACAUUAAAUCAUUAGUGUCGAAUUCUUCACGAAAGUCGGAGCGAGCGGUGCUGGCGCUGAAAAUGAAGCGGCUUGAGGCCGAGCAGACUCUUUUGGAAGAGGAGAUGAAGCGGAAAAGGGAAAUGUUAGAGAGAAAGUUUUCAUUGUUGGAGGACAUGGCUGAAGCUGAGGAACGUAGCAGUACUCAUAACAGCCGUGCUAGUGUUCAGCGCAGUUCAGAUGCCAAAGUGCGCUCAUGGCUGACGGAGAACGAUUCGAAUAAUCCGAAUGAUUCGCAGUCGAGUAUUUCGGGAUCGACCAGUGAUAGUGAAAACGAAGAUGGAAGUUCAACAGAUAAAUACACUACCACAGAAGGAGAGGACGAAGUAAAGUUAUUUCAGCCACCAAAGCAGUCGACUCCCGUGGGUUCUCAGAAUUUCUCGAAGAAUCGUUACCAUCAGUCCGCUAAAAGACGUACGAGUCUUACGAGAAAACAGAUAGCAGCUCGUCAAGUAGUACCUCGCGAUCUUCCGAAAUUUGCUGGUAAUCCAGAAGAAUGGCCGAUGUUUUUGUCAACGUUUGAGAGCACAUCUAAGAUGUGCGGUUAUACAGAUGAGGAAAACAUGAUUCGACUUAGAAGUUGCUUGAGGGAUGAAGCCUUCAACACUGUCCGUAGUCUGCUUAUGAUGCCAUCGACUGUGCCGAAGGCAAUCAGUACAUUGAAGUUACGUUUCGGACAGCCCCAAAUAAUUAUCAAUACGCUAAGAGCAAAGGUGCUAGGAAUGCCACCGAUCAAGCCGGACGCAAUGGAUAAGUUGAUCGAUCAUGCGUUAGCCGUGCAGAAUCUGUGUAGUACAAUCGACGCGUGCGGAAGAAAGGAGUACAAACGAGAUGUCACUCUACUGAAUGAAAUAAUCGGAAAGCUGCCAUCGUCUCUGAAGCUGGAAUGGGCAAGAUACCAACGAAAAACUGCGAAAGUGAAUUUAUUUGUGUAUAGUGAAUGGAUCUACGAUAUUGCAGAAGAUGCUUGCUUGGUGUGCGGACUACAAGGAGGAGAUAAAUACGUUGACUCUCGUAGUAAAUCGAAGGGAAAGGCGUUCCUAAACACUCACUCCGACUACUCACCGUUAGAAACAGCUAAGCAGUAUCCGCCAGAGUCCCAGAAACCAGGACAUAGUCGCGAAAUGACACUAGCUGAUACGAGUAAGUGCUGCUUGAUCUGCAAGGGAAGCUGCAAGAACGCAGGAAAGUGUCCACGAUUCCAAGGUUUAUCGUACGAUGCAAGGUGGGACGCUGUUCGGGAGUUUAGGAUUUGUCGUAGAUGUCUUCGGCAACAUGGCGGUAGGUGUGACGCGAAGCCAUGUGGGAAGAAUGGUUGCACCUUCAAACAUCACCAGUUACUGCACAAAGAGUUGGUGGUUGUUACCGAAAGCGCUGAUAGAAAGUCUUCAAUGAAAGAGGAAACGAAUGUUAACACUCAUCUGUCGAGUUCCGGAGUCAGAAUGUUCCGCUAUUUACCGGUUACACUGUACGGAGCCACGAAGCAGGUAGAAUGCUACGCGUUUCUAGACGAUGGUUCGGAGUUGACACUGAUCGACCAGAAUCUGGCGGAAGACCUAGAGGUAGAUGGAAAACCUAAGCCGCUCUUUAGCGGACAUUCUGGGCGUAAGUUUGUGCUAGAUGAUGUGCGUACAGUGGAAGAUUUACAGUUACCAGUUCAAUCACUCGAUGUCGAUAUUCUUAAGAAGAGUUACCCGUAUCUUUGCGAUAUUCCCGUAGCGUCGUACAAAAACGUUCGUCCGCGUAUCCUGAUAGGAUUGAAACACGCCAGAAUAACAUUGGUUCGUCGCAGUCGUGAAGGCAAGAUAGGUGAACCGAUCGCCGUGAAAACACAUCUAGGUUGGACGAUCUAUGGAAGCAGUAACCUACCGGAUCCUGAUGGAACAGCACAUCGUAUCUACCACAUUUGCGAGUGCAACCACUCUUCCGACGACAGUCUUCAGCGUCUUCAUCGUGCCGUUAAGAGUUUCUUCAGCCUGGAAAGUUUGGGCAUUUAUAAGCCGGAGAAAAUCCAGCCAUCCACUGAUGAAGAGCGAUCGCAACGUUUACUACAAACACUAACAUGUCGUGUUUUAGGCCAGUAUGAAACAGGAUUACUUUGGCGUUAUGACGAGAUCCGUUUGCCCGACAGCAAACCUAUGGCACUAAGUCGAUUGAGGUGUCUAGAGAAACGCUUGGAUCGUGAUCCAGAAUUGACCCGCGUUCUUCGGGAAAAGAUGGCAGACUAUAUAGCGAAGGAUUAUGUUAGGAAAUUAACAGCCGAAGAACUCGAAGAGAAGCAGCAACGAGUGUGGUAUUUACCAAUCUUCCCUGUUAUUAACCCGAAUAAACCCGGAAAGGUGCGAAUUGUCUGGGACGCGGCAGCAUCCGUCCACGGUGUUUCUCUAAAUUCAGUACUGUUAACUGGACCGGAUGAAUUAACUUCACUUCCUGCUGUGUUAUGCCAGUUUCGUGAAUACCGUAUUGCAAUAUGCGGAGACAUCCGCGAAAUGUUUCAUCAGGUGCGCAUCCGUUCGGAAGACCAACACUGUCAACGCUUUCUAUGGCGAGAAAAUCCUGAACAGGAGCCAAGUACGUAUAUCAUGAAGGUUAUGACUUUUGGGGCAUGUUGUUCCCCAAGUACAGCGCAGUUUGUGAAGAAUCGUAACGCUGAGCGGUUUCAAGAACAAUAUCCGGCAGCCGUCGAUGCAAUAAUCAGGAAACAUUACGUUGAUGAUAUGUUGGCUAGUGAGGAGUCGGAAGAAGCUGCAAUUGAGCUUGCUAUGGCUGUGCGGCUUAUUCACGCAGAAGGCGGAUUCGAGAUCAGAAACUGGUUGUCGAACUCUCAACGUGUCACAGCUGCGUUACGCGGAGAAACAGCGGUGCACAAGGAUUUGGAUCUAGCGACAGAGUUAGCGACGGAGAAAGUGCUAGGAAUGUGGUGGGACACAUCGAACGAUCGAUUGACAUUCAAGGUAUCUUGGACUCGCUUCGAUGAAGCUCUGCUGAUGGGAACCCGUCGGCCUACUAAAAACGAAGUGCUUCGAGUUUUGAUGACCAUAUUUGAUCCGCUAGGUUUGAUCUCCAAUUAUUUAAUGCAACUUAAAAUAACUCUACAGGAAGUGUGGCGCUCCGGAGUCCAGUGGGGAGAAUUGAUCAAAGACAAACAGUUCGAAGCAUGGAAAAACUGGGUCACGCUUCUUCCUUCUUUGGAACGCAUCAGCAUACCGCGAUGCUUUCGUAAGCAAACGACGGCUAGCAAGUCAACCGUGAUUCAGCUACACGUGUUUGUUGAUGCUAGCGAGAACGGUAUGGCAGCCGCUGCGUACUUGCGCUUCCAGGAUACGAAGAAUAUCGAAUGUACGCUACUGUGUGCAAAGACCAGAGUUGCUCCGCUUAAAUUCCUAUCAAUCCCAAGACUUGAGUUAACUGCAGCAGUGAUUGGAACAAGACUCGUUAACAGUUUGGUCACAGAACUAUCGUUAGAAAUUUCUAAGCGUUUCUAUUGGACCGAUUCCCGCAACGUUCUUUGCUGGUUACAGUCGGAUCAUCGUCGAUACAGCCCCUUUGUAGCAGCUCGAAUCAGUGAAAUAUUGGAAACGACAGAGGUAUCAGAGUGGAGAUGGGUGCCAACUAAGCUGAAUGUUGCAGACGAUGGAACCAAAUGGCAGAGACGACCUGAUAUGAGUCCCAACAGUAGGUGGUUUAACGGUCCGAAGUAUUUACAACUGUCGGAAGAGUUCUGGCCUCCCAUAGUGCACAAGAACAGUGUGACUGACGAGGAGCUACGUCCUAGUGUUCUCCUUCAUCAUCAAGUAUCAUCACCAAUGAUUUCCGCUAGUAACUUCUCCAGCUGGAAGCGACUGUUGCGUGUGACCGGAUACGUAAUUCGAUUUGUGACAAACUUACAACUUCGUGUAAGAAGGAAGGACCUAAUCACCGGUUCAUUGUCCAGCGAAGAGCUCCAGCAGGCAGAGAAAUACCACUUUAAGAGUGCGCAGUUUGAUGUUUCUCCUGACGAAGUCACCUUGCUACAAAUUGAUAGGCAGCAAUCGGAGUCGUCGAAAUCUAUAUCGAAAAGUAGUGCUGUUUAUAAACUGUGCCCCUUUCUUGAUACUCACGGUGUGAUGAGAAUGAAAGGGAGAGUCGACGCGUGUGAGUUUCUGCUCGAAGAUGCAAAAAAUCCGAUAAUCCUACCUCGAUUGCAUCCCGUUACACGUCUCAUUCUAGCGUACUAUCACGAAAAGUUCCACCAUCAAAACCAUCGAACGGUCUUGAACGAAGUAAGGCAGCGGUUCUACGUUCCUCGAUUGCGAGCUUUACUUACGAAAACUCGAAGUAGUUGUCAACGAUGCAAGAUUCGGGAUGCCGUCGCGAAUCCACCUGCUAUGGCUGACCUUCCACCGGCAAGGUUAGCUGCCUUCACACGUCCGUUCGCUCAUACUGGAAUAGACUAUUUCGGUCCUAUCGAAGUCGUACUGGGAAGAAGGGUUGAGAAACGGUGGGGGGUUCUACUGACUUGUCUUACAAUCCGAGCUGUUCACCUAGAAAUUGCCCAUUCUUUAACUACUGAUUCGUGUAUACUUGCCCUUCGAAACUUCAUUGUACGUCGUGGAGUGCCAGUUUCCUUCUACAGUGACAGAGGAACGAACUUUAUCGGAGCAGAUCGCGUGCUACAGGAAGCGUUGCAGGUGGUGAAUCAGGAAAGGCUUAUGCAAGAGUUCACAAGUGCUCAAACCUCAUGGCACUUCAAUCCUCCGGUAUCACCGCACAUGGGCGGCAGCUGGGAGCGACUGAUACAGACAGUGAAACGUAACCUGGGGGAGAUCGUUGGUGGUCGCAGACCGACUGACGAAGAGCUGAAGAACGCGCUCAUCGAGAUCGAGGGAGUCCUGAACACAAGGCCACUCACGCAUGUUCCAGUUGAUGCUGAAUCUGCAGCAGCUCUGACGCCGAACCAUUUCUUACUCGGAUCGUCCGAUGGUUCAAAGCCGUUGACGCUGUACAGUGAGAACGUAGCAGUUUUACGACAUGGGUGGGAACUAUCCCAAGUCAUUGCGAAUCGAUUCUGGAAACGAUGGCUUCGUGACUAUCUACCGGAGAUAACCAGACGAACCAAAUGGUACCAGAAAACUAAACCUAUUGAAGUCGGCGAUAUUGUAAUUAUUGCUGAUCCAGAUCAUCCCAGAAACUGUUGGCCACAGGGUCGCGUCAUCGGUGUGACUAACCGUGACGGUCAGGUAAGACGUGCGACAGUUCAAACGGUAAAAGGGGUCUACGAACGUCCAGCCGUGAAGCUAGCUGUGUUAGACGUCCGAAGCAAAGCAGAGUAG